AUGACUAUGUUCAUAAGUGCAACGAUGUCUCAUGCCAAAACGACAAUCGUGAUCAACAAUGAUCUUGGAGGUGGUUUAGCGCUACAAUACCAUUGCAAAUCGGGUGAUAAUGAUCUCGGAGCUCGAAGUCUGGCACCAAGUGGAUCAUGGUCAUUUCAGUUUAACCCUGAUAUCUUCGGGCGUACGUUGUAUUUUUGCAGUUUUAGUUGGCAGAGCGAGUCGCAUUAUUUCGAUAUCUACGUACAGAAAAGAGACAAAGAGUUUGAGAGGUUUGGAUGCACGAAUUGCUCGUGGAAAAUACGCAAAAAUGGACCUUGCAAACUCAACAAAAACACUAAUCAGUAUGAUGUUUGUUUUCCUUGGAAUAAAUGA